AUGCAUGGAAAUUUUCGCAAAAAUUUAAUAGUGAACUUCAACAUAAAUUCACAUGUGAAUCUGAACAUAUUCUACAUGGGAAUCCUCGAGGAAUCCACCUUUUGCUAUGUGAAUUUGCAUGAGCUUUUUCGUUGUCCAAACUUGUGUAUUUGUAAAUGGAAAGGAGGUAAAGAAUGGGUUGAGUGUACGUCACGUGGUUUGACUUAUUUACCUCAAGGUGCACCAGAAGAAACACAGGUGUAUAAUUUAUCAGGAAAUCAUAUUUCUACAUUAGAAGAUAACUCGUUUUUAAAACUAGGAUUGACUAAUUUGCAACGAUUAUACAUAAGUCAUUCUGGAAUUAAAUUUAUACACAAUGAUGCUUUUACAAAUUUGCAAGGCUUAGUUGAAUUAGAUGUUUCGUAUAAUGGACUGAGUCAAGUUUCUUCAGAAGUUUACAAAAAUAUUGUUAAUUUAGCUAGAUUGAAUUUAGCAGGAAACCCAAUUCAUUUCUUAGAAAAUCAUUCAUUUUCAACUUUAAAACAAUUAACUUUGCUCGAUCUUAGUUAUUGUAAGCUAAUAAACAUAUCAACUAGUGCUUUCGAAGGACUAAAUAAACUUCAGUGGCUCCGUUUGAAUAAUAAUUUAUUGACCCACAUAUCAAGUGAGGCUAUACCAAAAACUAGUCUUCGUGGUUUAACUCUUCAUGAAAAUCCAUGGAUAUGCGAUUGCAGAUUAUUAUCACUGAGAAAAUUUUUGAUUUCUAUAAAAAAAGUUGUAGCAAUGGAAUUAAGACCAAUUUGUAAGCAACCAAAACAACUGCAGAAUAAAGUAAUUUCUGAUUUAGCUGAAAAAGAUAUGUCUUGCAUACCUUCUAUAAACAUUAGUAAAACUAUUAAAGCUUAUGAGACAGAUAAUGUUACAUUAGAAUGUGAAGUUUACAGUACGCCAAGUGCGUAUAAAAUGUGGUUUGAUAAGAACCAUAAGUACAAUAUAAGUAACGUGGAUGAAUCUAAAAGAUUAGAGAAUUUUCAAAUUAUCACUAAAACAAAAGUGGUGUUAAUAAUUAAAAUUAUGUCAGUUCAUCUUAACGAUGGAGGAGAAUAUGUUUGUUACGUAGAAAAUACUGCAGGAGUAACGAAAAAAAUAUUAACUCUAGAGGUUAUUCAAGAUAAGCAAGCGCAUAACAAACCAGAAAAUCGAAUUCUCAAUACCGAUUUCGUUAAUAUUACAGCUAUAGGAGCUCUUUUUGGAAGUCUAUCUGCAUUGGGAUGUAUAUUUUUUUGUGUAUAUAUAUUUUCUCAUUAUGAAACUUUAAAUUGUAAAAACUUUGUUACAUUCUCUAAAUUCUAUGAAGAUUUGAUCAUUAAUCAGGAACAGUCAAAAAUGUCCAGUCAAACGCAUUCUAAUGGUAAUACUCAUAAAAAUUAUGAUGUUAUUAGUAUCUCCAAAAAUUCCAACGAUGGUGAUCAUUCUGAUAUGAUCAACAGUAAUUUAAUAGCUCGUGAAAUGGUUUUGAAUGUUGUUUCAAAAAAUGAAGCCUGUUUAGAAAAUGAUACUGAGUUACGAACUUAUUAUACUCAACCAAAUUUUACAGAUAAAUUUUGCAGUGAAAAAAGAAUAUCUGUCAAUAAUUAUCCGGAUAUAGGUAACAGUUCUGAAAGGUUUUCUUUUUUCUUCGAUAGUGAUGGGUAUCCAUUAAAUUUUGGGUUACCAAAAAUAUCAUCAAAAAUAUUCGAUUCUCCAGUAUUAAUCAAUGCACAACUUGUUAAGACACGGUAUCAGAAUAUUUUGCCUUUUUUAAAUGAUUUUAAACAAUUCGAUUCAGAAAAAGAUCACCCAGAACCACUUUUUAAAAUUAAAAAUGACAAAUUGGACAAUUUAUAUAAAAAUAAUCCACCACCGGUGUGUUCUUGUGAAUUCAUGCAUUGUUCAAUGCUUUCAUGUCAAAAAUCUCUUCCAAGUCUAUGUAUUUAUGACGAAAAAAAAUACGACCAACCUGAAUCAUAUUGCGAUGUGACAACAUUCACUCAUGUCGAAUCAGAUGUGUAUGACGAGGCCAGAAGUUUGAAAAAUACCGAUGCAGGAUAUAUAGGUGCUAUCAUAAAUGUAUAA